GAGUUGGAGGAGGGGAGCCGGUUAGUCUGUGGUGGCCCCUUUUCUGGGUAACAGAAAGCUUCUGCCUUUGAACAAAAUGCGUUAGUCUGAAAAGGUGCUGCCAGACUCCUGAUUAUUUACCGUCUUAAUGUAGGCAUUCCGUGUUUAAAGCAGCGUUUCUCAACCUCAGCGACUUGAAGAUGGGUGGACUGCAACUCCCAGAAUUCCCCUGCCAGCCAUGGGAGUAGAAAUCCACCCAUCUUCAAGUCGCUGAGGCUGAGAAACGCUGCUUUAAAGACGUGAUAAUGGGCAACUUAGGAGGAAGGAAGCAACCGGUAUGCCCAGGAAAAUCAGAUAUCCAAGCAAUAUUAAAACAUACUUGAAUCACAGCCACAGGAACGAACGUUUGGAUGCAAAGAUGGGUCUUGACUUAAUGCCCCCCCCAAGACCCUUGUGGUGCCUUAGGGGCAGGCAGGGGUGUCCACAGGGUGUGGUAAAAAUAAAAUCAGGAUAGGGCCAUUUUGAUGUGACGCACACAAAACCGGAUGCAGCUUUGAUCACCACCAUGGCUGCUGUCUGACUCUUCCUACCGUCUCCUGCGCACACUCCUGAGGGCAGGCAUGGAGCAGCCCACAAGGAUGUUGUUUGCAGGAAUUCCUGCUUUCAUUUUGACUUGUGGUUUUAUUUCACUCUGCAAAACUGGGUCCUGGACUUUGGCCGGCCCAUCGCCAUGGUCCUGCUUCCCCUCGAAUGGUUUCCCCUGAAUAGGCCAAGCGCUGGAGAUUAUUUUCAUAUGGCCUAUAAUGUGAUCACACCCUUUAUUCUUCUGAAGCUGAUGGAGCGGUCUCCCAAGGCCCUCCCCCGAUCCAUGGUGUACGUCUGCAUCAUCGUGUUCGUCAUGGGGGCCAGCAUCCACCUGGUGGGUGACUCUGUCAACCACCGACUGAUCUUCAGCGGCUACCAGCUCCACCUGUCUGUCCGGGAGAAUCCAGUCAUCAAAAAUCUCCAGCCGGAGACCCUGAUUGAUUCCUUUGAACUGCUAUACUAUUACGAUGAGCAUCUGGGCCAUUCGAUGUGGUACAUCCCUUUCUUUCUCAUCCUGUGCAUAUAUUUUUCUGGCUGUUUCAUACCCUGUAAAGAACAGCAGCCGAGAAUCCCCAUGGCUGCUUUACUCCUUAUUGGGCCCAGCAGUCUCUAUUACUGGUAUCUAGUCACAGAGGGACAGAUCUUCACCCUCUUCAUCUUCACCACCUUUGCCCUGGUGGCACUUGUGAUGCACCAGAAGCGAAAGGGGCUCGUCAUGGACAGCAAUGGCCGCUUCCUCUUCUACUCAUUCUUGAUCGCACUGGGGCUGAUUGCCCUCUGGAUUGGCUGGCUCUGGAAUGACCAGAUCCUCCGGAAGAAAUAUCCCGGCAUCAUCUACGUUCCUGAGCCCUGGGCAUUUUACACCUUGCACUUGAGGAAUCUGCAUUCGACAAAGGCAGAGAGCAUUUGAUGACAUUUCUGCCUUAUGUUGGGGCAGUGGAGUCCUUUGCGCAAGUCAGUAGGGCUCGGGUGGUGCCCACAGAACAGAGCAGGGGAGGUCUUCCCUUCCUACGAUCCAUGGCUCUUGUAGCUCGAAGAGCCCUGCAGCCUGAUUCUGUGUGGAUUCAUUUGGAAGCAGGUUCUGCCAAACUGGGGCCUUCUCUCAAAUAAAUCUUAACUGGGAGCACAGCCCUAGGCUGUAACAAGGGGAUGUGGUUGCAGAACCUGAAUGAAUCCACCACUGAACCCAACCCACUACUCUGAAAUUCCUUUUGCACCAGGAUUUGUGUUCUGUCAUGUUUCUAACCCUCCAUGACUGGCAACAUAGGCAACAUGACUUGCCUCUGUAGAGUCCGUUAGAAUGUUGGAUGGAGAAGAGGGAUCCAGUAGACCCUGCAUGACUUCUGUGAUUCAGCCUGUCUCCUUGCUUCACAUUUUCCAUCCUAUAUCGGGCGGAAUAAACUAUGCAAAUAUGAAGAUCUGCUUAUUUCAUACAGUCUUGCUGAGUGCAGGAAGGCUGCUGCAUUCAACUCUCAACCAGAGUGUCGAUGGCUAUUUCAGUUGUCUGCUCCUGAGAUUUAUGGUGCAGGUAGAUAAUAUUUUGUCUAGUGAAUUUUGCAAUGAGAAGCAAGCACUGAGAAUGUUGACCUCCAGCCUCCGGUUCUAUGAAUUCCUGGCUUUUGCACUCACUAAUAUGAACAAGUUGCAGGUCUGGCUGAAGAAAAGUAGACUCAGCCAGAGGGAAAAGAGGCAUUGCAUCACCUUUUUUACACCUUAGGAGGGUGUAAAAAACAAAGAGACUGCAAAGGUAGGUCUGAGGGCAGCUACCAUGUUGAAAGAGGCUGCUCAGCCCUCUAGAUUGCUUUGCAAACCCACAGGGAUGUUCCUGGCUUCGGUGACACCCUAUUAGCAAAUUACCUAUUCCCAGCAGGGAAUAAGAAUUGUGGCCCUCACCAAGACCCAGCCAGCGUUGGCAGUGAACUAGAUAAUUUUUCGCUGAUGGAUCCCGACAUAGUAUUAGUAACUCGCAGGACCUUUCUAAAAUCUUAACCAAAGGGAAUGGUGGUAAAACCAUCCACUGUAGGGAACAGAGGCCAUCUUGUGCUCCCAUUCUCUUCAAGAAAGGGGCCCUUGUCAAAAUGAGGGCUGUCAAAAAUAAGCCGGUGGCAGCACCCUUUGUAUAUUCAGGCAAGUAGUCUGGGUGUUUUCUGAAGUUUAGAGGCUGGCCAGAUAAUGGAGAAAUACUCCACAACCCAGCCACACAAGGAUUUCUGGACUUCUGGGAUCUACUGAGAGAUCACUUGGUAAGAGGGUGAGAAUCUGAGAUGAGAAUAAAGGAUGACGAGAGACUUGUGCAAACUACUAGCAAAAUCAAUUUCUUAGAAGAAUUUCCAGAAUGUAGUUCUAGCAGCUGUAAAGACAAGAGGCAAACAUGAUUGUGUGUGUAAUCUAAUGAAGUGGAUUCCAGAAAAUGAAAGUUACAGCAGAUUUGUGGGCCUUAGAAAUGAUGCACGGCUCCUGUUUGGGGGAGAAAAUGGGGGGGAGCCCUGUUUCCAUGUCUGCAACUUGUAGAAAUAAGCCCCCCUUUGCCCACACCCCGCUGGUCUGGCAGCCCCCGAACAAUAAAGUUUACCAGAAAGGAAGCUAAAAGAAUCUUAAAAAUAAUCUUUAAAAUGAGAGGUUGUCAUAUAUUGCUGAGAAUUGGGGCAUAAAAGUUUUUUUGUUGUGGGGGGCGGACUAAUCUUAAAUUCAGAAGCUAUUUUCUUUUGGACUGAUUUGGGAAAUUAUAUAACAGAGGACUGCCUUAUGGGGCAGAAGACCCAAAGAAUGUUUCCAUGGCAUCUUGUCUACAAAUUAGUGUCUCUCUGAUCUUUCUGCAGGAUUUGAAGGCAAAGUGAGCACACUGACAAACCUCUGAAAGUCCAUGAGAUCAACCCAGCCUUCCCAAAAUUCCUUCCUGUUGGAAUUAUGGGCUGUACUUUGGUCUACUCCAGCCUUCCAUCGCUUGGGGCCCUCCAGAUACUUUGGAGAUCAGUUUUCAUCACCCACAGCCAGCAUGGGCAGAUUUUAGCCUAACACAUCUGGAAAGUGUCCCAAGUGAUGGAAGCCCAAACCAGCCCAUUAUCCCAAGGGGAGGAAGCAGGCUCACAAACAAGGCAGCUGAUUCCUCUGCUCACGUGAACUGUGAUUAAAAUGUAUUUUUAAGGGUCAGAUUCUGCUAUGACCACGGAAAUCUGAGCUGUCCUGCUUUUCACAACACGAGUGCUUUCUCUUUGCCCCAAACCUGCCUCUUCCCCCUCUUUUCUGCUCUUUCUCCUUCCCUCCCUCUGAAUACUCAUGUAGGAACAUCUAAAAGAUGGGCAGUGGCAUUCCUUAAACUUAAGUUCUUCACUGAAACUCUCAGGGACGUGCACAGGGGAGGGACAAAAAGGUCAAGAUGGCUCUGACCACCCAAUCAAAGCCCCCCCCCCACCCCCAGACUUCAAUCAUGUGGUCGUGCCACCUUGACUUCUUUGCCCCCUUUCAGAUGGUCCCACAUUUUUUUGUAACUUGGAAACCUGGGCCAGGUCGUCUUGUUACAGUUUGCCUUUCACAAUUCUACCCAUAUACUCCAAGUGUGAUCCAAAUGUUUAUGUAAAGGAUUUAGUUUGGGCAGAUAAAAGUGUGCUAAAAUCCUUGAACA